AUGGCGCCCUCCAACAAAACAAUGUUGUUUGUGUGCAUAUUGGUUGCUACCGUGGCGGUUGCCCAAGGAACUUUUAUUUUUGGUGGAGGUAUCCCCGAUUUAUUUACUACAACCCAAAUCACAGGCGUGGUCUUCUGCACUCCCAAUGGUACUGUCACUGUUGGCUCUGGAGGCGUCAUUACAAGCCCACCAUUCCCAUUUGCUCUUGUCCAGCUACGUUGCGGAACAGGCACAGGUCUUACGAUUGCAAAUGCGAUUACCAACACCGCCGGACAGUUUACAAUCACUGUGAACGGUGUGACCUAUUCAACCGCUCAAAUAGUAGCCGGAUGUCGUGUAGUGGUUACCACCCCUCUUGCGAGGUGCAACACUACUCUGUCUUCAAACGGAACUCUCACGUCGAACUUACAAACAGCAGGAUCUAUAACUCUGCCACCAUUUUUCCGCAUCAACUUUGUCACUCCAACUGGAUUCACAGCCACCCCUUAA